UGAUGGCGUGUGGUUUCCAGGCUGCUCGACGUUUUCUGAUUCCACAGAACGUCAUACUUACUGCCAUUCAGCAAAUUUCCGCGUAUGAUGAAGUUUUCCCUGACUUCCGGUACUGUUUUUUCUUCGCACACCGCUUUUCCAUUUGAAAUGUGUAAACGAACGGAAGCGAAACAAGGCUGCUCUCGGUGAAAGAUGCUUGCCGACUUUCGUUCUAUAUUCCCAGGAAUGAUUCCCGGUUUUUUUAUUUUUAUUCUUUUUUGUUUCUAUCUUCUUUCUUGCGCAGCUAUUUUGUACUUUUAUCAUUCUUUUGCUUUCUAAGAAAAGGUUUGCAUAAAAACUGUUCGAAAAAAAACUUUGAAGCAUUAUUUAAAUUAUGAGUGAUUUUUUAUUAUAAAACAUAAAUAUUGAGGGAAAAUAUGAAUGGAAACCGAACUCUAUACACUCCAAAGCUAGAAGCAACAUAGCUUCAGGUAAAUCAGUGAAGCAUGGCAUGAUAUCACAACUGAAGCUGAAGCCAACUCAGCCUGCACUUACGGUCCCGUUUUGCGUCAUAGUCCUUAAAGUAUUUUCGCAUAAGCAUCCACCUGACAGCACGUGAGAGUAAAGCUUAUCAUGAGCUAAAAUCAUGCCACUCUCUCACUCUGUAUCAGCUCUCAUCUCAUAUUCCACCAAUCUCAUCUCACCCACCUGAUUCUCAUCUCACAGCAUCACACUCAUUUCAUCGUGCCCACUCUCAGCGUGGGUUCCGAACGCACACUCUCUUUUUCUCUCUCUCGGCGCAUGGAUGCUGGACACCCUUUCCCGAAUCGGCAGUUUUUAGUACAUGUCACGACGAAAUUUUCCGCGGUCAUAGAACCUCGCCUCGCUGGCUGCUGCUUUAGUAACUGAAGAAGACGUUUGCCACUACCAGGCACGGUCGCUACGCGUGUUGGUACCAAGUGUUCCGAUUUUACGUAAGGGAAAAUUCGUUCCCAGCCUACCCGUCCUGUUCCCUUCGCUAGCAUGCCGGGAGUCGCUAACUUCUCAAGGCCGAAUCACUGGCGAGGAUUCCGUGGGCGUUACGGUGUUUGUUUACAAGUAACAUUAAAUGGCAUCGUAGCGGAGGCUUACUGGCACAGAUUUUGGGCUGAAAGGCUGAUGACAGUGCUGUGUGUGAGAAACCGGCCGCCGGCAGGAUGGGAGGGGAGGGGGGGAAUGGGAACCUUGGAGAAAGGAGAAAGAAAACAAAUAACACAGAUAGUGCCAGCGGUGAUGGUGAUGUGACAUAAAAUCGGGCGAAAAAUAAAGCGACGUUAACUUAGCCGAGACCGGUAAAGCACCGCCGUUCCGAGUCCGUCGACCUUACAGGGCUCUUUGUGUAUGGUGUAUGUUUGUUUUACCCUUAAGCUUGCCGUAAAAGUUAGCUGUCAGCUAAGGCCAAGCUAAAGACGAUACGAUUCCUGGAGCUUCAAGCAUCAUGGGAAGGCAACAAGAGAAGAAAACUAAAGUUCAUGUCUCAGGAGGCAAAAGGCACCGCCAUUGUUUUCCAAUCAAUUUUCAUGCAGUGUCAUACCGGAUUCUUGAGAGGACACGAUGAAGCUACAGCGUGAAGUCUCCCUAAUCCAAAAUAAAAACAUCUCCCCAGAUUCGAGAUACGAGGCACGAAGUCUUGCCUCCUGAUCUUCAUCACUAGCUGGAUAUUUGGCCAUUAUUGGAAGGAUAAUUUAAUCAUCCUCAUGCAGAGUUCACACACUGGUGAUGGAUGAUUGUUACGAGAGUACGAACCAUCAGCGUUCAAAUCAUCGGUACAAGCCAAAAGCAACUCACGGGCCAUCUUGAUGGAUGGAAGCGAUAUGAUCCAACCGCAUGGUAGGAUGCUCGUUUCGCUCAGGAGGACUUUGAGGAGCUGUCUGGUUCCUCUGGCCUUAUGUACAAUAUGCUUCCCACACUAAGUAGCUAGGCAAAUCGAUGCAACGAAAGGAAGUCUCAUGCAUGUCAUGCGCUGAGAGCUCACAAAACCUACAACCUUUCAACAUGGACACCUUCGGAGGUCCGCGAAAUUAUCAGUUGCUUGUCCUGCUGGCUCAACGCAUUAGCUCUUUGGUCAUCUAUUUGAUAAACCACGUGCGGCAGGAACAUUUACCAGUUCAGGAAACUUUUCGACAAGCGCUUUUGCCUAUGCAUCGUGUGCUGACGGAGUUCCUGUUCCCACAGGCACACACGUUUGAGCAUAGCUUCCAGCUGCGAGAUCCUGGCCAAUCGUUUCACACCUUACCUUCCAUGCCAAAUUGCCAUUUCCAUUCCCCGUCACACCACCUGACGACCACCAACCGUUUUCUUCCCUUUGGACGCAAUGUCACACCGCCGGAAGAUAUCACGCCACCCCACGAUACACCUCCCAGCUCAAUGCUAGGGUUUACUUCGACACCGAUCCGGCCACCAAUAAGUCGUCCCCGGCCGGAACCAUUUGCACUCAUCAAUCAGCUGCUGACGGCGAUGCACACAUCCGAUAGCUGUAAUUUGUCAAGCGUCACUGACCAGUACGGCAGAGAUCCUGUCUUUCGCGACCGAAUACUUAAGGAGCUCGAUGAGCUGCGAUCGUUAAUUAUGGCUCAAACGGAAUCCACAAACGGUGCAGCAGGACAAGCGUUGCGGGCGCUGCUGGAUCGGGUAGAGCAGGCAGAAACUACACUCUCGUUGCUUAUCCAUAAUCUAGAGCGAUUGCAAAAUGAUUGAAGUUGUGGGAAAUGUGGCAUCUAUGUGGCGUGUGGCAAUUCUAUCAGUUUUAGAUUAAAAUUUAAAAUAAAACAAAUGAAUGAAAUUGCUCUGGUGAUUUUUAUCCAAACUCUUUAUCUGUAUUUAAUAUUUUGUACAUUUUAAACUUACAGAUCGAAUUUUAUAAGCACCUUCAUUUUGGCCCUCUGCCGGUCGGGACAUGAACCAUAGCUGAAACGAACGAAACAUUUCACUAGUUGCACUAUCAGCUCUUAGGUGGCGCUGAUUCAAACUGUUUCUUCUCAUAGUGCGGAUAAUUCAUACGAUGAUUUGGACACAAAAUAUUUUUUAUUUUAAUCUAUUACAUAUUGUUAUUAUUAAAAGUUGCACAAAAAAUGUUUUAAAAAAUAAAAUGAAAAAUCAUUUAAUUUAAAUAUUCCUAAAAUAAAAUAAAACUUUAUAAAUGCUCAUGGAAAAAUACUUUAUCUUACCUCUUACCCUUAACGAUCGUUUCAACAACAUUAGGAAAACAAUGAAAUUAUAAAUUUUCAUUAUGUCUUCACUUAACAACACAUCCGUUCGUAUGUAAUCGUUUGUACCGUCACUCGUUGGAAACUUUCCUUUUCCAACCGUAUACCACCCGCACCGGUACACGAAUCUGGCACGAACGAUCGGUCCGGCCAGUUAGGUAAACAUUCAUAAAUUGUUUUGGGAACUUUCCAUUCAUCUUUUCUCUACAGGCCGUACGCCGAUACCCUGAAACCUGCAACUGGUUCUAGGUUCACACCCUAUUAUGAUGAUGUGCCAGUGCGAAAAUGGGUACAAUACUGCCGCCAGUGUCCGGAGC